ACGUUUAAUUGAAAAGCAGAUUAGGGCUUAGAUACUCCUACGCAGAACUCGAACUCCAAGUACCCAGCAUCAAUGGCGGAAUGGGUUUGCAGAGCCCUUCGAGACGGUGCGUUGGAGGGAGAGCAUGCACCCGCUCUCACAAUCAAGGACUCUAUACCAACACCUCUCGGCUUCGACGCCUUCUGCCACGUUCUCUCCCAGCUCUCCACCAACAUUUCAGCCAAAAAAUCUCAGUCGCGAGCUCUGGUGCUCGUCGCGUUUUCUCGGAGUCCGUCAUAUUAUGUAGACUUGUUGAAGAGGAGAGGACUGGAUAUUUCUUCUUCUCAGCAGUGCAUUACAGGAUUCGGAUUUUGGAUUGUUACACGGAUCCUCUUGGUUGGAGAGAGAGGCUCAUGGAGUGUGGAAGUGCUAAAAAUCUCUCUCAUGAAGCUUCCAACAUAGCUAGUACUUGCAGGAAUGUGAAGGAUGUGGACAAGUUGUUCUCUUCAGUUAUUUCACUUGGAGAAGGAUUGGUUGGACAAGGGAAAGUUCGUUUCAGUGUUGCAAUAGACUCGGUAAAUGAAAUGUUAAGACAUGCAUCUUUGUCAUCAGUUGCUGGCCUUUUGAGCAACCUUCGUUGCUGUGAUCAAAUUUCAAGUAUCUUUUGGUUUCUUCAUGCGGAUCUUUGUGAAGAAAAGGUCACUGCUGUUAUUGAAUAUAUGUCCUCUAUGGUGGCCAGCAUAGAACCACUAAUCCCAUUUGCAAAUCGACAUAGAGGUAACUCAGAGAAUCUUUCUUUAGUUGAACGGAAUUUUACGAAAGGGAAAUUUCAUGUCCGAUGCAAACGUAGAAAUGGACGUGUACGAGUGAUGUUUGAAGAGAUUCACAUUGGGCAGUCAGGCAUCGACUUCACAUCCCCUUCAUCUGAAGAUGGAUUAGUCAAUCAAGUCAAUCAAGGCCUUUUGCCAAAGGUGCAAUUCAAUCUACAACUGUCAGAGAAAGAGCGAAAUGAUAGGGCCAAAGUUGUACUUCCAUUUGAACACCAAGGAAAUGGUAAACCUGUAGAAAUUUAUGAUGGUCGAAAAUCUCUGAUGGAUAGCAAAAAUGAGGCAGCACCUGUUUCAACUGGGAAUUCAAAAAUUAAUGAUGACUCUAGCAAGGGUGAAAUAAUAUAUUUUCGUGAUUCAGACGAUGAGAUGCCAGAUUCUGAUGAGGAUCCUGAUGAUGAUUUGGACAUAUAGUGGUUUUCCUCCUUCAGAGAGAGUACUGGAAAAUGGUUUGGUUGCCUCUUGGUCAUUCCAGGUAUCAUAUAUGUUCAAUCAAGUGGGAGGACAAAUGUUAUAAACUUUCCUUGAUUGAAGGAUGGUUAUGGGAGUAAGUCUGAGGUCCAGAAAGCUGGACAUUGGAGCCCAAUUGACAAAUAUUAGAACUUAGCAGAAGCAAAAGGCAUUUGUAGUACGAAAAAGAUGGAAGCUUGUAAAUCUUUUUGCGCUCACACCACUCACUUGUGAUUCUGUCUUAUAUCUGUGCUUGGAACAAUAUACAACGGGAUUUGGGCUGGAGGUCUCUCUCGUUCUCUGUGACUCGGAUUUCAACCUUAGACAGUUUUAUUCUGUCAUUCCCUUGUAUAUUAUGGAAGGAACUGUUCAAUUUGUUGACUAGGCAUUAGAAUAAUAUUUUGAGGGGAGAAAAUAUGCCUCUGGUGAAUUGGAGAAUGUAUCUUGUCCUCAAAAUCUUAAGUUCAA